UUCUCUCUCUCAUUCACUCGCCACCAUUCCUCCUCUCUUUUUCUCACAAUACCAUUUUAUCUUCCAGGAAGAUUCCCGAAACGGCCACCAAACUUGUCGUUUUUUUUUCCAUUUCUGAUCUAUCACCGAAUCCAAAUUUCUACUUCAAGUCUCACUCAGCUUAUUGAAUCAGCGUAAUAAUUCUGUAAUUCCAGUGCCCAUCUCCACAACCACCCCUUCUCUUCACUUUUCUUGCUUUGUCGAAACCCACUUUGUUACAACUCAUGCGACUCCUUCCCUGUAAAUGAGUCGCUCCUCAUUUAAUGGCUCAAUCUUCGCAUGUUGUUUUUCUCUUGCUUUUCUACAACAUCCUGCCACUUUUCACUACAACUGUUUCUUUCGCUAUUGAUCCAAACAAGGAUGAAUUCCCGGUUAUCGGUUUCGAUGCCUUUACGUUUCACGGGGACUAUUCUCCUCCAUCCCCGCCGCCACCUUCAUUGCCUCCUCUUCCUCCACCGCUCUCCUGCGCGGAGGACCUUAUGGGCAUCGGCUCGCUCGACACUUCUUGCCAGCUCAAUUCCAGCUUGAUCUUCGAUCACGACGUCUACAUUGAAGGAAGCGGAAGCUUACACAUUCUUCCCGGUGUAAUCUUCGGCUGCGCGGUAAGGGGUUGCUCGAUUUUAAUCAAUGUAAGUGGUGAAUUCACUUUGCGCCUCAAUGGGAUGAUAGUUGCUGGGUCAGUUUCGAUUUACGCUUCGAAUGCAAGUUUACUUUCUGGGUCUGUGGUGAAUGUAACUGGCUUGGCGGGUGAACCCCCGGCCCAGACCAGUGGUACUCCCUCCGGGGUGCAGGGUGCUGGAGGUGGCCAUGGCGGCAGAGGCGCCAGUUGCGUCACAGACAAUACAAAACUGCCGGAUGAUGUGUGGGGAGGGGACGCGUAUUCGUGGUCAUCAUUGGACGAGCCGUGGAGUUAUGGGAGCAAAGGUGGCACGACUUGUAAAGGGGAGAAUUAUGGAGGGGAAGGAGGUGGCAGGAUAUGGUUGGAGGUGAAAAGCUCGAUUGAGGUUGACGGGGGACUCAUGGCUGAUGGUGGAGAUGGUGGUGUGAAGGGGGGAGGAGGUUCUGGUGGCAGCAUUUAUAUCAAGGCUCAAAGAAUGACUGGACGUGGACAAAUAAGUGCUGCUGGAGGAAAUGGAUUUGCUGGGGGUGGUGGUGGAAGAAUAUCAAUAGAUGUUUUUAGCAGACAUGAUGAUACAUAUUUCUUUGUUCAUGGUGGAAGGAGUUUUGGCUGUCCAGAGAAUUCAGGUGCUGCAGGAACAUAUUAUGAUGCUGUGCCUCGACGGCUUAUUGUUAGCAAUAGCAAUCUGUCUACAAACACUGACACACUUCUCCUGGAGUUUCCUAAACAACCACUUUGGACAAAUGUUUACAUUCGGAAUCGUGCCAAGGCUUCUGUUCCUUUAUUUUGGAGUCGUGUUCAGGUUCGUGGACAAAUUCACUUAUCAUGUGGUGCACUUCUGAGUUUUGGGCUUGCUCAUUAUGCCUCAUCAGAGUUUGAGUUGAUGGCAGAAGAACUUUUGAUGAGUGACUCAAUUAUCAAGAUAUAUGGAGCCUUAAGAAUGUCUGUUAAGAUGCACUUAAUGUGGAACUCAAAAAUGCUUAUUGAUGGUGGUGGUGAUGCAAUAGUGGCAACAUCAUUGCUUGAGGCAAGCAAUUUAGUGGUUCUCAAGGAAUCAUCUGUUAUAAGUUCCAAUGCUAAUUUGGGAGUCCAUGGACAAGGUUUUUUGAAUUUGUCAGGGCCAGGCAAUAUGAUUGAAGCACAACAUCUCAUCCUAUCAUUGUUUUUUAGCAUAAAUGUUGGACCUGGUUCCACUUUGCGAGGUCCAUUGGAGAAUGCCAGAAACAAUGAUACGACGCCGCACCUCUACUGUGAACUCCAGGAUUGUCCUGCAGAACUAGUUCACCCUCCUGAGGAUUGUAACGUGAACUCUUCACUGUCCUUUACUCUUCAGAUCUGUCGAGUUGAAGAUGUGAUAGUUGAGGGCAGCAUGAGAGGAUCUGUUAUCUAUUUCCACUGGGUUAGAGCUGUAAUUGUCCAUGCUUCUGGAGCAGUUACUGCAGCUGGGUUAGUGAUGGGUUCCUUGGAACAUUCAGUCUCAAGUUUGUAUAUUUAUGGUUCGCUUAGAGCCGACGGAGAAAGUUUUGGGGAAGACAUUAGAAAGCCAGGUGGUGGCAUCAUGUCAAAUAUAGGCCCUGGAGGUGGAGCUGGUGGGACAAUUCUUUUGUUUGUUAGUUCGCUGGUGCUAGGUGAGGCUGCUAUUAUCUCAGCAGCUGGGGGACAUGGGAGUCCCAAUGGCGGUGGUGGUGGAGGUGGUGGAAGAGUUCACUUUCACUGGUCUGAUAUUUCCACAGGGGAUGAGUAUGUACCUCUAGCUAGUGUGAACGGAAGCAUCCUAACCAGGGGAGGAUUUGGCAGCGGUCAAGGUCGUACUGGGGGAAACGGAACUGUUACUGGGAAGGCCUGUCCAAAGGGGCUCAAUGGAAUCUUUUGUGAGGAGUGCCCUGUUGGGACUUUUAAGAAUGUCAGUGGAUCUGAUAGCUCCCUUUGUCGUAGUUGCCUCUCUUACGAGCUUCCGAAUCGUGCUAUAUACAUCAAAGUUCGAGGUGGUGUCACUGAAAGUCCUUGCCCGUACAAGUGCAUUUCUGACAGAUAUCACAUGCCACACUGUUACACAACACUUGAAGAGUUGGUUUACACUUUUGGUGGACCAUGGUUGUUUGGUCUUAUUCUUUUAGGUCUUCUUGUUAUGUUGGCUCUUGUUCUUAGUGUUGCAAGGAUGAAAUAUGUUGGCGGGGAUGAAUUACCAGCUCAAGUACCUGCUCGACGUAGCUCCCGAAUAGAUCAUUCCUUUCCUUUCUUAGAGUCAUUGAAUGAGGUUUUGGAGACAAACAGAAAUGAGGAGUCCCAUAGUCAUGUACAUAGAAUGUAUUUUAUGGGGCCAAAUACUUUUAGUGAACCUUGGCAUCUUCCCCACUCUCCUCCCGAACAAGUGACAGAAAUUGUAUAUGAAGAUGCAUUCAAUAGAUUUGUGGAUGAGAUUAAUGGUUUAGCUGCCUAUCAGUGGUGGGAAGGAUCAAUCUACACCAUCCUUUCUGUCCUUGCAUAUCCGCUUGCUUGGUCCUGGUUACAGGGAUGCAGGAAAAAGAAAUUGCAACAACUUCGUGAAUUUGUUCGGUCAGAAUAUGACCAUUCUUGCUUACGUUCAUGUCGUUCACGUGCUCUCUAUGAGGGGCUUAAGGUAGCUGCAAUGGCCGAUCUAAUGCUUGCAUAUGUAGACUUUUUCCUUGGUGGAGAUGAGAAAAGAGUUGAUCUACCUGCACGCCUUCAUCAGAGAUUCCCAAUGUCAAUAAUAUUUGGUGGAGAUGGCAGUUACAUGGCUCCUUUCUCACUUCAGAGUGAUAAUAUUCUUACAAGCCUUAUGAGUCAGUCUGUUCCACCAACCAUAUGGUAUCGACUGGUUGCUGGUCUGAAUGCUCAACUGCGCCUAGUUCGCUAUGGGCAUCUUAAAAUUACAUUUGGUCAUGUCAUCAGCUGGCUUGAAACACAUGCAAACCCCAUUCUUAGCACAUAUGGUGUAUGUGUUGAUCUUGCCUGGUUGCAACCUACAUCUUCUGGAUAUUGCCAGUUUGGACUCUUGGUGUGUGCUAUUAAGAAUGAAAGGGUGCCACAAUCAGUGGGAAGCCAAGCUGGGUCUUCACUUCUCCAAGAACAGUCAUGUUUGCAUCAAUUUAAUCAAAGGGAUUCGCAGCAUUCUUUGAGACCAACUGAACAUCUGAUGACAUGUAGAAGGAUAUUUGGAGGAAUUCUGCAUGCGAAAAGCUUAAGGACACCUAAAAUGAAGAGGGCUAUAUGCUACCCCUUCUCUUUUAUUAUUCGCAAUUCUAAGCCUGUUGGUCACCAGGAUCUGGUUGGCUUACUCAUUUCUAUGCUACUUCUAGGAGACUUUAGCUUAGUUCUGCUUACUUUGCUACAGCUGUAUUCAAUUUCAUUGCUGGACUUCUGUCUGGUCUUAUUUAUUCUUCCUCUUGGCAUACUCCUUCCAUUCCCAGCUGGAAUCAAUGCUUUGUUCAGUCAUGGACCUAGAAGGUCAGCAGGCCUCGCACGGGUAUAUGCUCUAUGGAAUGUUACAUCCUUGAUCAAUAUUAUGACUGCCUUCAUCUGUGGAUUUCUUCACUACAGAGCCCACUCAAAUAAAAAGCAUUCAAGCUUUCAGUCCUGGAAUUUUAGCUUGGAUGAAAGUGAAUGGUGGAUGCUUCCUUCUGGAUUGGUGCUGUGUAAAAUUAUCCAGGCACGGCUUGUUGAUUGUCAUGUGGCAAACCUGGAAAUUCAAGAUCAUUCAUUAUAUAGCAAUGAUCCUGAUCUGUUUUGGCAGUCGUGAAGAUAUUCACUCGUUAGAGACAGAUGAAGUUAGGUACUCCGCAUAGGCCAUUAUCUCUUUCCCGAAAUAUUUUCUUUCAUAUAAAUAUUUUUUUCGUAGCUUUUUCUUCGGCCCCUGCUUUUCGUGUUUUCUAAGAUAGCAGGAGAGGGAAUUGAUGCUUAGAAAAAUGAGAGAACAAGAAGGGAUGAGUUGGGUAGCUCAGCUUUUAGAUUUGAUGUGGUGAAAAUAGAGUAUAUAAGAAGUUACUUGUAGAGUGUAAUUCAUCUUUUACCAAUUUUGGUCAAUCUUUUCUUCUGUAUACAUAAAUCAUUUCCCGCCCAAAUCUGUACCAGUGUGAAAAUGGUAGUGGUUGUAUAUAACAUUACAGAAAAAAUUUGACUUAAUGAUUCAAAAUGAUUCCCAGU